AUGUGGCACGGCGGCAUGGGGCAGGGCGGCAUGGGGCAGGGCGGCAUGGGGCAGGGGGGCAUGGGGCAAGGCGGCAUGGGGCAGGGCGGCAUGGGGGCACAUCGAGAAGAGUCCUCCAGAUCCCGCGUGGUGGGCUCACUCCGUCUCCCCUCACCCCGCCUGGCUGUGUUCUACUCUCCUUCCUCCUCUUCUACUCUCCUUGCUCCUCUUCUACUCUCCUUGCUCCUCUUCUACUCUCCUUGCUCCUCUUCUACUCUCCUUGCUCCUCUUCUACUCUCCUUGCUCCUCUUCUACUCUCCUUGCUCCUCUUCUACUCUCCUUGCUCCUCUUCUACUCUCCUUGCUCCUCUUCUACUCUCCUUGCUCCUCUUCUACUCUCCUUGCUCCUCUUCUACUCUCCUUGCUCCUAUUCUACUGUCGUUUCUCCUCUUCUACUCUCCUUGCUCCUCUUCUACUCUCAUUGCUCCUCUUCUACUCUCAUUGCUCCACUUCUACUCUCCUUGCUCCUCUUCUACUCUCAUUGCUCCUCUUCUACUCUCAUUGCUCCUCUUCUACUCUCAUUGCUCCUCUUCUACUCUCAUUGCUCCUCUUCUACUCUCCUUACUCCUCUUCUAAUCUCCUUGCUCCUCCAGGGCUUUCUCUUGUGUGUGAGAGCCGCAUACCAGCAGUAGCAGACCGCGUGGUGCUGCGCAAGCUGGCCCAGGACAUGUGUGAGUGGUCGCGCCUGCUGGUGAGUGAGGAGAAGAGAGGGGGGGAAGAGGAGAGGAGGGGAUUUGGGGAUGAGCGCCACAAUGCCCAUUUUUUCUCUGCACCCAUCUCCCCACCACCCUCCCUCACCCCUCUUCCCCAACCCUCUCCCCCACCCCUCUCCCUCACCCCUCUCCCCCAACCCUCUCCCCCACACCUCUCCCCCAUCUCUCUCCCCCACCCGCUUGCCCCAACGGCCUCUACCCACCCGUCUCCCCUCCCUGCUUUCCCGCACCUCUCCCCCACUCUCCGCACGCCCCACCCUUACCCCUCUCUGCCACGCCUCUCUCCCAACACUUCCCUAAACCUCUUUCCCAAGCCUCUCCCCCAAACCUCUCGCCCAACCCGCUCCCCAACCCCUUUUCCCCCACGCCUCCCGCCUGUGCCUCCCCUCCACGCCUCCUUCCAACACCUCCCCCUCUCACGCCUUGGCCACACGCCUCUCCCCCACCGUCUUCCUCCCCCAUGCCCUGAUCCUGCCGGGAGGAGUCAGCUGGCGAGGAGGCAGUGGGAUCCAGUGGCUAGCGCAAGUCAAUGCAGUGCGCUCUGCCAGUUAUCAGCCUGCAUCUUCGUCGCCUUCCCUCCCUUUCUUUUCCUUCCCUUUCCUACUUUCCCUUCCCUAUCUUCCUUUCCCUGCUUUCUCUUCCCUCCCUGGCCUUCCCUACCUUCCCCUCCCUCCUUCCCUUCCCUGCGUUCCCUACCUUCCCCGCCUUGCCUGCUCUCCCUCUUUGCAGGGCCUAUUCAGCAGGCGCAAGGCCAAGAUGACCACUAUUAUCACGUCUCCCUCUGGGCACUUGGCAUUUUCUCUGGCAGGCAGUGUGCUCCGCCUCCAUGA